CGGCAUGAUCGAUUGCUAUUUCUUUGAAUUGUCUACGGUAAUUGUUCUUUCCACAAGCACACUCGGCACUCUUAUACUGACUUGAAUGUAAUUUUGUUCUGCUUAUAGAUUUUGCAUUUUGUAUGAUGGGUGCAAGCGAUCCGCGAACCCUAGUUUUGGUUGGGAAAACUGGAAACGGGAAAAGUGCAACAGGAAAUAGCAUCCUUGGAAAGAAGAUGUUCCGAUCGAAGCGCAGUUUCUGUGGAGUAACAAGUAGUUGUGAGUUGAAGACUACUGUACUCGAAGAUGGCCAGAUGCUUAAUGUGAUCGAUACUCCUGGACUGUUUUAUUCUUCUGUUGAUCUUGAAACUAAUCUGAAGGAGAUUGCUAGUUGUGUCAAGUUGGCCAUCGAUGGUAUUGAUGCUGUUCUUCUUGUAUUCUCGGUUUGCAAUCGCGUUUUUGAAGAGGAAAUAGCUGCAAUAAGUAGCUUGCAAAUGUUGUUUGGAAAACAAAUUUGUGAUUACAUGAUAGUGGUUUUCAGUGGUGGUGAUGACAUAGAGGAAGAUGGCCAGACUCUUCAAGAUUUCUUGUAUGACUGUCCAGAACCAUUGAAGGAAAUUCUUCGUCUGUGUGGCGAUCGAUUUGUGCUUUUUGAUAACAGGACGAAAGAUGAAACAAAGAAAGCCGAUCAAGUACAACAACUUCUUUCUCUGGUAAACAUGGUGUUAGAAAACAAUGGUGGACAGCCAUAUACCAAUGAAAUCUUUACUGAUUUGAAGAAAUGGAGUAGCGAACUUGAGGGACAAACAGAAGAAUUUCAAGUCUUGAAAGACACCGAGGGGCAUUCUAAACAGCAGAUGUUAGAGCUGAUGGAGAAUAUGCAUGUCGAGCAUUUGAAGCGCACAAAUGAUAUGCUUGGGUUGAUGCUGACAGAGAUGAAGUUGAAGUUUCAACAACAAUUGUUGGAAGAGCAGGCUGCACGGUUGAAGGUCGAAAGGGAUGCUGAAGCUGCAAGCAAUAAAUCCAAGGAGGAUAUCGUGCGGUUGGGUGAAAAGCUACAAAAAGAGCUGGCUGCUCGGUUUAUUUGGGGUCAUUUUACAUGUUUAUAAACUUGUUUUUGUCAAACAUGAUUUGUUCAUCAGCUAACUUAUUAGUUACUUGCUAGCUUAUCAGCCAUCACCUAGUUUAUUACAUGGAUCAGAGUCAAGAUCUCUACCAGUUAGGGAUUUGGUACCCUGUAUUGCCUAGCCCCUUCACUUGUCAAUGAGAUUAUCUUCCGUGUCUACCCUACAUUAGAGGGGCCUGUUAGAGUCUCACAUUAGUUAUAUUUGGACC